AUGGUGGCAAAUGGCGGGGAAAGGAAGGGAGGCGAGAGAACAGCGGGGAACGGGAACCGGAGCGAGGAGGGGGAGGAGGAUGGGAGAGACGAGCCGGAGAGGAACAAUUCGGGGGAGGUAGAGCAGACAGGAGGGUCGGACGCGGCGUCGGGAGAGGACGAAAGGGAUGGCGGAGGAGGAGGAAGCGAGGGAGGGGAGGGAGGGGAGGAAUACGCUGACGGGAAAGAGGCCGACGGGGAGGAAGCGGAGUACGAAAAUGCUGACGGAAAAUUAGACGGCGACGGAAAGGACAGCGAGGAGGAUGAAGACGCGGAGGCGGAAGACGGAAAGGAGGACGAUGACGAUGACGGAGACGGAGAAGAGGACGGAGAGGACGACGAGGAGGAGGAGGAGGAGGACGGAGAGGAGGAGGAGGACGAGGAGGAGUGCGACGAUCAGUCGCCAGUGGAGGAGGUCGCAUUGACGGUGGCGACGUUCGACGACCCGUCGCUGCCGUGCCUGACGUGGCGCGUGGUCAUCAUCGGCAGCAUCGUGUGCGCCCUGCUCGCCUUCAUCAACCAAUACUUCUGGUUCAGGACCCAGUCCAUCAUCAUCAACCCCAUCGCUGCUAUCAUCCUCUCUCUCUACAUGGGUCGCCUCUUAGCGAGGAUAGAGCGCCGCUUCAAACCCGAUGCACUCCCCUUCAGUGUCAAGGAGCAUGUGCUGAUCGGCAUAUUCGCCAACUGCGGGUCAGCCUUCGGCAACGGCAACGCGUAUGCCAUUGACAUCGUGACCAUCAUGAAGCAAUUCUACAACGUUCAAUUGAAUUUCUUCCCGGCGUUUCUGCUCGUCACCACAACACAAGUGCUCGGAUACGGAUGGGCCGGCAUGUUCCGACGCUACCUCGUGGAGCCGGCCCACAUGUGGUGGCCCACAGACCUCGUCUACGUCUCCCUCUACCGAACCCUCCACGAGUCAGACACACCAGCGAGAGGCAUGCUAACACGGGCCCACUUCUUCUUCCUCAUGACAGCGCUCUCCUUCUGCUGGUACCUCGUGCCCGCCUACCUCAUCCCCAUCGUCUCCUGCCUCUCCUGGGUCUGCUGGGUCUGGCCCUCCUCCAUCACCGCCCAGCAACUCGGCUCUGGUGGGUCGGUGCUAAGUCCCCCCCAUACACCUCCCCCAUUUCUCCCCCUCCCUUCCUCCCUUGUUUCCUCCUCCCUUUUUCCUUGUGCCUCAUCCCCAUCGUCUCAUGCCUCUCCUGCCUCUCCUGGGUCUGGCUGGCCCUUCUACAUCACAGCGCAGCAGCUCGCCUCUUCCCCCCCUCCUCCCCCUUCCAACCCUCCUGCCCCCUCCCCCCUUCCUCCCCCUCCCCCCUUCCUUCCCCCUCUCCCUUGCUCCCUUCUCCUGGGUCUGCUGGGUCUGACCUCUGGUGCCACUGCUCCGAACCCCCCCAUUUCCUCCCCCUCCCCUUCCCCGCCUGGUUUAAGGGGCAUGGGCAUCGGCGCCAUUUCUCUCGACUGGACUACAGCGUUGCCCUUCCUCUCGCAUGCCUUCACAACACUCCUCCCCCCUCUCCUCCCCCCUCUCCUCCCCCCCUCUCCUCCCCCCUCUCCUCCCCCCUCUCCUCCCCCCUCUCCUCCCCCCUCUCCUCCCCCCUCUCCUCCCCCCUCUCCUCCCCCCUCUCCUCCCCCCUCUCCUCCCCCCUCUCCUCCCCCCUCUCCUCCCCCCUCCCCUCCCGCCCUUUUUACCCUCCUGGUGGAUGAAGAGGAUAAGUGGGAGGAGAGGCAUACGAGGGAGGGAGGGGUGGCUCUGCUUCCUGCAGGCAGAGCAGCGAGUGAAGCGACUGGAGCAGCAGCAAGAGGAGCAGCAGCAGACGCAAUGAGAGGAGGAGAUCGUGUGGUGCUGCGGCUGGCACGAGAGCGGGAGCUCAUGGGCAUGGGUCUGGGCGCCAUAACCCUCACCCCUCGCCGCCUUCAAUUCUUUCCCCCACACAUUCCCCGCUCCCCCCCUGUCUCUUCAGGUCUGAGGGGCAUGGGACUGGGUGCAAUAACCCUCGACUGGGCAACCAUGUCGGCCUUUCUCUCCUCGCCCCUCGCCGCCCCCUGGUUCGCCAUCCUCAACGUCGGAAUCGGCUUCGCCCUUUUCGUCUACGUCCUCGUGCCCAUCUGCUACUGGGGCAACGUCUUCGCCGCCACCCGCUUCCCCUUCCUCUCCUCUGGAACCUACCAGUGGUCGGGGGAACGAUACCCGGUGCAGGCGAAUUUACUUGCGUGGUCCGGGGAUCGAUACCCGGUGCAGGCGAUUAUCACGCCGGAUUUCCGGCUUAACGAGACGAUGUAUUCGGAGCAGAAUCUGGCGCCGUACAUAUCGGUGUUCUUUGCGCUGUGCUACGGUCUGGGGUUUGCCGCGCUGACUGCCACGGUGGUGCACGUGGCGCUGUGGUAUGGGCCGGAGAUCUACCAACGGACGAUGAGUGCUGCCACGGAGGUAAAGCCAGACGUGCACACGCGGCUGAUGCAGCGCUACCCCAAGGUGCCCUGGUGGUGGUUCCUCAUCCUCCUCCUCGUCAACAUCGCUGUCUGCAUCGCCUUCCUCGAACUCAACUCCUACUUCCAGCUGCCCUGGUGGGGCCUGCUGCUCUCCGCUGCUCUCUCCCUCUUCUUCACCCUGCCCAUCGGCAUAGUCACCGCCACGACCAAUCAGCAGCCGGGGCUCAAUAUAAUCACGGAGAUGAUCUGGGGGUAUAUCCGGCCCGGGGAGCCGAUUGGCAACGUGUGUUUCAAGACGUAUGGGUACAUUAGUAUGACGCAGGCAAUUGCCUUCUUGCAAGACUUCAAGCUCGGACAUUACAUGAAGAUCCCCCCAAGAGCUAUGUUUGUGGUGCAGGUAUUCGCCACUCUAUUGGCGGGCCUGGUCAAUCUCGGCACGUCCUGGUGGCUCUACGACACAGUGGAGAAUGGGCUCAUCUGCAAGGUCACUGAUGAAAACUUCCCGGAAAAUUCCCCAUGGACGUGCCCAACAGCCAACGUGUUCUAUUCAGCGUCCAUCAUCUGGGGGCUCAUCGGCCCGGAGCGCAUGUUUGGCCCCUCGGCCUUCUACAACAACCUCAACUGGUGGUUCCUUGGAGGGGCCCUCGCUCCCAUCCCCUUCUGGGCCGCUCACAAGAUGUGGCCGCGCCAGGUGUGGUUGACCAAGGUGCAUAUCCCAGUGAUGCUUACUGGCGUGGGCAUGAUGCCGCCGGCUUCGCCCAUCAACUACCUGGGCUGGCUCACCAUGGGCUUUAUCUUCAACAAGCUCAUCUUCACUUACCGAAAGGAUUGGUGGCGUCGCUACAACUACGUGCUGUUGAAACCCCUUCUGUUUCCCUCUCCUGGUGGGGUGCUGGCGUAA